AUGUAUACAGUGUGGUCGUCAUCAUGCCGGACCAUGGACCCUCACUGGAGGCUCGGCUACAACAACUUUCGGUUUUGGGUAUUGCCGCGCUCCAACCGAAGAUUAAGCUUUCUUCUAUCUUCUUCCGGCAGUGACGAUAAUUCGGCACCGUCUAAGCAACCACAACUCAACCUACAUCAAAAAAAUCAUGGUUUGGCCCAAAUGGUCUUUAUAUUAGAGAAUUACCUUGCCCAAGUUGCCGGGGAAGAGGUUAUGGUCCUUGUGCAGAAUGCGGAAUCGAAAGAUCACGUUCAGAUUGUUCACUAUGGUAUUGUUACCUGCAAGCAGUGCAAUGGAGAUUGUGUUGUUUGGGAGGAGUCAAUUGAUGAACAACCAUGGGAGAAAGCUCGAUCAGUUUCUCCCCUAAAAGUUAAAGAAGAUGAUGAAGUGGACAACUUGGAUAUAAAGGUGGACAUGAAGAAAAAGAAGAAGCGUGUUUGUCGUUCCUCUGCUGCAGAAAUUAAUUUGAAGAUCAGCCGAUCAUUAAAAAGCCUCAAUGCCAAAACUGGAAUAUUUAGCAAGCGGAUGAAGAUAAUCCACAAAGAUCCGGUGCUUCAUGCUCAAAGAGUGGCUGCUAUUAAAAAAACUAAGGGAACAGCUGAUGCUCGGAAGCGUGCUUCUGAGGCGAUGAAAAGCUACUUUUCUGAUCCUGAAAAUCGUCGCAAGAGAAGCAUUUCAAUGAAAGGGAUAAAAUUCUUCUGCCGAAACUGUGGAGGUGAGGGUCACAGGAGAACUUAUUGUCCACAGGUCAUAGACAGACGGGUCAGGUGCCAGCUGUGUAGGGAAAAAGGACACAACCGAAGGACAUGUCCGAAAUCAAAGUUAAACAUCGAAAUAAGCAGUGUCCAAAGAAAUCACCAUUGUAAGAUAUGCGGCCAAAGUGGGCAUAAUCGGAGAACAUGCCUGCAGCAGAUGGAUGAACUAAAAUAAAAAAGAAAAAAAAAAAUGUUGCUGUGAGUGAAAAACGAGUUGCAUCUGAAAGUAAUCAUACUUGCAGUUACUGUCGAGAGAAAGGGUAUAAAAUAAGGAAUUCUCGGCAUAGAAAAUGAUUGAAUCAACAUAGGACUUGCACUGCAAGCUCUAACCAUGAGGAGAUUCUUGAAGAUUUACAUGAUUUUUUUUUUUUUUUAAUUAUGUCAUUGCGGCUGUGCGUGUUGUAAGAGUCUGCAGCUAAAUUCCCCAACUUUUUGUUUCAGUUAAGAUUAUUUCCUCCAAGAAAUGUGUGAUAAUGUUGGUCUGGAUGUUGAUGUCAAAAGGUCCGGUUGAUUAUAUUGCCUUUCCAAUCUGAUUGUUUCAUUUAUGUUCAUUUGUUUUGGUGAAGGACAGGGGUCUCAUUUAUUUGUAUAAAAUGCUGCUCCAUAUAAUCCUUGUGUGAG